AUGGGAUCGGGUUCCGCCGCAUUUCCGGUACCAUUCCAGCUGCUGGGAGAUGCUGGACCCGGUCGCCUCUCUGGUCAAUACGAUCAUCUACCUCGAGUACCUGCUGAACGUCUUCCAGAUCCAGCGCAUCCAAUGCCAGGAAAACCCGGCGGGGAUCAAGGAUUUGCUCGACACGGCGAUGCAGGUGAUUGUGGUAGUCAUGGACCUGAUGAGACAGCAACAUCGGGAAAAAGAGAUCCGGAAACACCUGGCAUGGAUUUUUCUCGUCUACGGCCUUCCUACCGCCGGCGUCUUGGUGACGGAGCUGCACCGACACACGCUGAGUAG